GGAUAUUUACUAGUCGCUCGCGAUACUGCAUCGUGACCUUUGAUUGAAUGUGAAAUAAUACCUUUCUUAUUCUAAGCUUCGAGCAUGCUAGAAAUUCAAUUCAGUCCGAAACCCUAAAAGAUGCGGAAUCUUCGCCUCCCAUUCAUUGGCCGACUCUCCAGCAGCAAACAUUCCAGCUCCAGUGACAUUAAUGAAGCAGAAAACUCGCCUUGGAAUUUGGUCGGCGAAGCAAACGACAAUCUAUUCAACGAGCUUGAGAAGCUCUAUUGGAUUGGGAUCAGACAAGACAUUGAAUUGGUUCUGUGCACAUUGAGGGCUUGGCAAGCAUCACAAUAUCAAAAGGUCAGCCUCGAAGACGAGUCUGACAACUUUAUCCACGGCUUUGACACCUUUAUUGACCAAGUCAGUGAGGCAAGUCGUACCUUCGCUGAUGAAGCGGCAAAAUGGAAGAGUCAGGAUGGUGAAGUUGCAAUAGACGGCUACAUUGAAGGGCUCCAGCGUUGUGCACAAGGUAUGGCAACAGACCAGAGGAGCACCCAAGUCAAGACCGAGCUUCGGCAAGCCGUAGGGAACCGUCCCAGCGAUGGCAGUCUCCGGCGUCGUACUAGACUACUUCUACAAGCAGUUGCCGUCUUGGAUAUCGAGAAGCUAGUUGAGCAUACGCCUCCAUUGGACGAUCUCUCAUCCUGCAAGAGACCUACAACUCCACAACUCAAACUAGACACUAUCAACAAAAGUGGCGUGCCUAUAUUCUCGCCCAUGCGGUGUUCAUCUUGUUCCAACGUGAUUCGAGGUAGUAUGCAUCGCCGAACUGUCUUUGGUGAAGAAAAGAAUCACGGGGAAGCGGAAGUUGAAGUUGUAUGCGAGAACUGUUAUCGAGAAAGGUUCGUCGGGAUCACAGGAUUUACGAAGAUGUAUAAACAUAGCAUAUUACGUGAAGCAAUCAAUCCGCAAAUCAGUCGACAAAUAUGCUUAUGCGACCAAGUGCCACAUUACGAUGUCUCUGGCAAAUCUUUGAACUUGUUCCCAGUCGACAAGGAGGCACUGCAUCUCAAAGCUCAACAGCCAGGUUCAGUCGAAUGCGGCCUACUCAGGCUACCGGCAAUUGAGGCCGAGGCGAAGUACGAUGGUAUGCAGAGCCUUGUGUUUAGGAAGAAAACGAAGAGUAAACUUCUGACGGAGGAAGAGAAGGAGUAUGAAGAGCGUGAGGCUUCGAAGGCAAAAAAACGGCAGAAGCGGCAUCUGGCAAAGAAAGUGACGCAUGAAAGCCAUAACAAUAUCGUGGAGAGGACUACAGAAACAGGGGCAGCUGUGGCAGCAACAGAAGCAGAAGCUGACGAAGAUAUUCCAUUCUUCUUGAAACGCCACAUUGAAAAUCACCCGUUCGGAAAUGUCCGUAUGGCGCUCCGAGUAGGGCCUUUGAUCUUCGAAAACGGCGUCGCUCAUACACAGGGUGGUGCUCUAAUCACUUUGCGAGAGAGUCCUGUAUUUCAUUCGCGACAAUGUAGUGAGACAGCCAGAAGCCUAGCUUUGAAUGAAGGUAAUAUUCGACAACUGUGGUGGCAACAACGACCUUCUGGACGCCCAAAGCGAUACAAAGCUAUCCUGAAGCAAGUCAUUGGAUCUCCGUUUACUGGUCUCGAUCCGGAAGAUGUUAUUCUCGAGAAUCGUAUCAUUGAUAGUCUCAUAUCCGCUAGUAACAUUGGCUUCGACGACCCUGGGCUGAGUCGCCAGGACCGCCAAACACGGACAGAGAAUCUAAUGGGACCUAUUAUGGAAGACUUGCAGGACCUAAUCAAGGCUAGAGUGUCUGUCUACUUAAAGAGCAUAACUUCGCGAUUGCUGGAUCCGCAAACGAAGCUGACAUGGAACCUAGCUAGCAACAACUGCCAGAAUUUCUGCGAUUCUGUCAUGGACCUCGAGACUUUUGGGCCUCUCUUCGCUCAUAACCAUGACCAACCGAAAUCCAUGUUAUACCUUAUGAGUUUUGUCUGCCGUCCUUCAGAAUAUAGUAAACCCAAGAUCAAGACUAAGCUCGAUGUUCCUCGAGGCCUAACAGAAGAGUACCUCCUCCGGUUCCGGUACGGACGCCAUGACGAUGCCGACAUCAUAGAUACGCUACAAGAGUAUUGGUAUGACUGGGGCGCUUUUGGCAAGCACUUGUACCGAUACCAGGAUCUUUUCCCCUGGGAUUGCACAGAGGCGUUCGGUCGGUAUCCCGUGAGCUGUGGCGAUUGUAACUUAGCGAAACACGUAUGGGCAUUCCCUUUCGAUUCAUGGUCGAUCAUAGCGUUGCAUUUAACCAGAGACCAUUCCCACUAUCCAUCGGAUGAGCCAGAACGAGCGGCAAUCAUAUCCGAUGUGGGCUGGAUGAAGAACAGGCUGCUUGUUCUUGCAGCACUCGAGAAACUUACGAUAGCGGCUACUGAAAUGGCCAAGAAUGCUUCGUUUCGGAAAAGUACCACCUGGUUACACACGCAACCCCAACCAGCUCUAGACAGGCUCAAGUUGGGUGGUAUCCAUCGCGCACAGCCAUUCAGCCACUCUUAUGAUCAGGGAGAGGGCCACCAUUACUUCACUGCAUCUUGGGCGCACCUGAGGUUCGAGGAUCAGGUCACGGAAUAUGAGUUACUUCGCGGCGGGAGAAUGAAGCUUCCAGAUGUGGAAUAUGCGACGCGUUUAUACCAUGAUCACGGCGUCAAGACUCUUGCUGACCGUUACAAAGCUACCCAUAUUGAAGUGACACCCUCUUCUUAUGCAAAUAUCACAGACUCGGGGUUCAGCGCAGGGGCACCACUGGCCGCAGAGCCUGUUGAUCCCGCUGAUAUAAAUUGUGCUUCGGGCUGUGGUGCUGCUGAGUGUUCUGCAGGACCGGCUUGCUCCAGUGGCCAUGACGGAGGAGACGGAGGUGGAGGUGAUGGCGGAGGAGAUGGUUGUGGGGGAGACGGAGGCUAAAUGGUUAGCUAACGGUCUUGGUUGCCGAUUACCUUAGUGUGUAUAGGUAUGUAUAAUAUCAAACAGCUCGACUUUAAUAGAAGUCCCCAAGGCAGUAUAGAUACUAUGUUGUAAAAGCUUUAAGACAUUACGGGAAAUAUUCGUCUACCUAUUAAAUGACUACAUCUUCUCCAAGUCCUCGGCCCACCCUAGAUGGCAACCGCCUCUACAUUCCCUUUUACAUGCGAAGCAAAGCCACCACCUUGGUCCGGUUCGCGGUAGGGAUUUGCAGCAUUUGAAACAGGACAAUGGCUGCUGUGUCAGCUUUGAGU